UGCUGUCAGGCUACACCUAGUGUAAUCGUGGCUGUGUAUUGAGCAAGUACGCCAGCUAACGUUUAUAGUUUAUAACCAUAAACUACAAACAAAGAAGUCUCCCCAGCAAAUCGAGAAAACAAAGACAAGCACAUACGCAAGAUGGCGCGUGUGUUGCCCGUUUUAGGCUUAAUAGUGCUGUGCUGUGCUUUGGCUGCCAGCCAAGAUUCCAAUGACAAACUCGAAGGAGUUGAUGUCGAAGAGGUUUGUAAUGACAGACCCGGAGAUGAGUAUUUCCGUUUAGACGCCGAAGCCGAUUGCCGUGAAGUAUACAGAUGUGAUAGCGCCGGUGAAAAUGGAGCUCCACGUUUAGCCUCUAUAAAAUGUGCCGGCGGUUUGGCAUUUGAUAUAACAAGACAAACAUGUGAUUGGAAAACAAAUGUUAAAAACUGCGAUGAAACUGAGAAGCCUCGCAAGGCCAAACCCAUUUUCAAAACCGAUGAGCCCAUUUGCCCCGAAGGCAAAUUGUCUUGCGGUGAUGGCGAAUGUUUGGACAAAGAGCUUUUCUGUAACGGCAAGCCCGAUUGUAAGGAUGAAUCCGAUGAAAAUGCAUGCUCUGUUGAUGACGAUCCAAACCGCGCUCCGGAAUGCGACCCCACCCAGUGUGCCUUGCCUGAUUGCUUCUGCUCAGCUGAUGGCACUCGCAUCCCUGGUGGCAUUGAACCCCAACAAGUACCCCAAAUGAUCACCAUUACCUUCAAUGGUGCCGUCAAUGUGGACAACAUUGAUUUGUAUGAGGAAGUCUUUAACGGCAACCGCCAGAACCCCAAUGGCUGCUCCAUCAAGGGUACCUUCUUCGUUUCCCACAAAUACACCAACUAUUCCGCUGUUCAAGAUUUGCAUCGCAAGGGCCACGAAAUUUCCGUCUUCUCUUUGACCCAUAAAGAUGAUCCCAACUACUGGACCUCUGGCACCUAUGACGAUUGGUUGGCUGAGAUGGCCGGUGCCCGUUUGAUCAUUGAACGUUUCGCCAACAUCACCGAUGGCUCCAUCAUUGGUAUGCGUGCUCCUUACUUGCGUGUCGGUGGCAACAAACAAUUCGAAAUGAUGUCCGAUCAAUUCUUUGUCUAUGAUGCCUCCAUUACCGCCUCUUUGGGCCGUGUGCCCAUCUGGCCCUACACCUUGUACUUCCGCAUGCCCCACAAGUGCAAUGGCAACGCCCACAACUGCCCCUCUCGCAGCCACCCCGUCUGGGAAAUGGUCAUGAACGAAUUGGAUCGUCGUGAUGACCCAACCUUCGACGAGUCUUUGCCCGGUUGUCAUAUGGUGGACUCCUGCUCCAACAUUGCCAGCGGCGAUCAAUUCGGUAGACUUCUGCGUCACAACUUCAACCGUCACUACAAUAGCAACCGUGCUCCUUUGGGCCUCCACUUCCACGCCUCCUGGUUGAAAUCCAAGAAGGAAUACAAGGAUGAAUUGAUUAAAUUCAUUGAAGAAAUGUUGGGUCGCAACGAUGUCUUCUUCGUCACCAACUUGCAGGUCAUCCAAUGGAUGCAAAAUCCCGUCGAAUUGAACGCCUUGCGCGACUUCCAAGAAUGGAAGGAGAAAUGUGACGUCAAGGGUCAGCCCUACUGCUCGCUACCCAACGCCUGCCCCUUGACCACCCGCGAAUUGCCCGGUGAGACAUUGCGUCUAUUCACCUGCAUGGAGUGCCCCAACAACUACCCCUGGAUCUUGGAUCCCACUGGUGAUGGAUUCUCAGUCUAAGUCGCCUGACAUCCGAGGGGAGCUAAUUUAUAUAAUUUUUAAGUUUUUGUUAGGAUUCUGUUUUCUUUGUGGAGACUUUGCUUCUACAAGAGUUUCUGCAAAAAUCUUUAAAUUCUAAAAACCAAGCAGAGAAUUACGUUACUGAAGUAGUUCUUACUAGAGUCUGAUUAAAAAAAAAAACAAAACAAAUCAUAUAUGAAACCAAUUCUCAAAUGUACGCUAGAAGAUGAUACUCCAUCUUAAUCUUCGGAGUCUAGACCUAAAACCUAAAAACAAAACAAAUACUCAUCUGUCACUAUUUCUACAAACUGUAGUUUUGUAUUUCUCAAACCUAUUCUUCAACUGUCUUUCUUUCUCUCUCUCUCUCUCUC